CAUUCGUAUGACUAUGAACUAUGAAGUCAAGUUUCAUUGACUGUUUUUAAUAGCGCCAAAGUCGACGAAUUUAAAGUGUAUUUUAUGGAAACUGGUAAUUAAGCAAUGGCCAAGCGUACGACUCAAGUAUUCAUUGGAAAUCUCGGUAACGAUGGCGAUAAGGAAGAGAUUAAAGACUUGUUCGGCAUCUUUGGUCCCGUCCGGAACGUGUGGUUAUCCCGAAAUCCUCCCGGGUUCGGUUUUGUUGAGUACGCUUAUGCACACGAUGCCAGCGAAGCCUGUUUGUAUCUCGACGGGAAAAUGAUCUGCGGUCGGCGAGUGCGCGUGGAACUUUCGCGUUAUGAUUUAUCACGACAAAGCGAUGCCACAAAAGACCGAAAUAGUCCAUCAGAAUCAGAGCGCAGCAAAGACAGAAGUUCGAAGAAAAGCCAUGAACAACGGGACCACAACCGGCAAAGCGUAUCUGAGUUCAGUCGAGAAGAGUCAACACCACUGACAGCUGAAAAGUCAUCACCAACCCCGGUAUCCGAAAGGUCAUCAACCCCGGUAUGUGUAUCCCAAAGGUCACCAACCCCCGUACAUGCAUCCGAAAGGUCGUCAACUUUAUCUCCUAGCCGAAUGUUAACAGUACUGGAUGAGUGCGCUUAUUCGGAUGUGGAUUCAGAUCAGUCGUCACCGGGACACGUCGUUGACCAGUACAUCGCCGAGACGGAAGAUUGCGGUGUUCGCAAGCGGAGCUUAUCCGAAAGCUGCUCUCAGUCAUCUACUUCCCUUGCAGAUCAGCAUGUUAAGCGUCUUUGUUCUGACGAGCGCGAUGAAAAAGUUUCGGAGUAGGCAGUUAUUUGUGGCCGGUCGUAUAAUGGAAUGAACGAUGGUAGUGUUAAGAGUUAGUACAUUCUGGGACUCUACAGACUGGUAACCCCCGUACGUGGCCUCUAAAGGUCACUAUAUAAUAAACACCGGUACGCAAAAUACGCGCAGUCAUUAGAUGUCCGCCAGUGUGUAUCGUAUUUCAUCUUGAGUGCCAUGGAUUUAUGCAUUAGAGCUAAGAACCUGCCAUCCAGUUUUCCUGCAAAUGGAAGAAAUGUG